AAAGAGCUGAGGGCUUCACUGUCCUCUAUCCAGCUUCCUCCACUUGACUCUCCUGAUCAUCGUGCUUCACCUGCUGAACCAAAGGAUGUCCUGCUCCAGCCUGUGCGUCCCUUCCUGUGGGGUGGCCGCCCCGGCCCCCCUGGCUGACACCACCAACGAGCCCUGCGUGCGGCAGUGCCCCGACUCCACUGUGGUGAUCCAGCCCCCGGCUGUGAUGGUCACGCACCCCGGACCCAUCCUCAGCUCCUUCCCGCAGCACAGCGUUGUUGGCUCGGCGGGAGCCCCUGGUGUUGGAGGGGGCUAUGGUGGCACUUUUGGAGGCUAUGGGGUGUAUGGAGGCCUUGGGGGCUAUGGGGGCUCUGGGCUUUAUGGGGGCUACGGAGCCUUUGGGAGCUGCGGAUAUGGUGGCUGGCGCCGAGGCUUCAGGUACCUCAGUGGCAGCUGUGGGCCCUGCUAAGUCACAGGUGAUGGAGAGGUGCAGAAAAACCCCCUGCACACCCUAAGAAGCAACUUUCCACCUGCAUCUCUGGACUCCAGAGUCUGAACAACCGAUACGUCCUUGGGGCCCAGCUCGGCCACCUUCUUGUCCUGCGUGAUCAUCCCUUCAAGUCUUGCUCUCCCCUGAUGACACAGCCCCAUGUUUGGUGCCUACUCCUGCAGCAUGGCUGAUGCUCACUGUCUCUGCCCACUGCCAGGAGACAGAGGAUAUCAGUGGCCACGAUCCUGCUCUUCUCCCUGCUCCCUUCCUUCCCCAGAACCGCAAUAAAAGCUCUGUUGCACUGCAA